GGAAGAAAAACCCAACACUGCAAACUUGGUAAAAUCAGUAAGAUGGUAUGCUAACUUGAUACAGGCUCUUUGAUCCGGAAAGGAAGUUAGCAAAUAUGAGUCAUAGAAGCAUAUGGGCUUAGAGACCAUAUUCUGCUACUUGCUCAAAAUCUGCCUCUGAAAAUGAACAGCAUACCAGCUCCAAUUCUGGAGGAGUACCCCAGCCAUUCCCCAGUUACCACAUCCAGUGUCGUCCCAAUCAGAUCUAACGAAUUUCGCAUCCUCCGUAGCUGGCGUAGUGCAGCUGACUGAAAUCUAGGGUCACCAGUACGCCGUGACCAUGCUACAUAUUGGGAAAAACUAGACGUACGAGAGAGUAUCCGUCCUGAAUCCUGAUAAUGGAGAGAUGUACGCUGAAACGACAGUUGAGUUGUCCGGAUCUUGAGUCUGCAAAGGCCCUCUGUUCGAGUUGGAUUCUGCAGCCAAAAGGCGGAUCUCCGUUGCUGAUGCUGUCUCAAGAAAAGGACGAUUGUCGUGUGUACAACCCAGCCGAUGAUACGGUUUACGAGACGAAGAGUGACCUUUCAGGGUAUCGAUUCGUGGCAAGCUCCGGCAAGUGGUUUCUGGUGAUAGAUUCUCGAUUGAAGCUCUAUAUUAUAGAUGUGUUUGGCGAGGAGGAGAGGAUCGAUCUUCCUGGACUAGAAACAUUCAAGGGUUAUUUUGAGAUUGAGCGAGAAGGAGAAGAUAAAAUCAGACAUGUACUGAUCGGUACUUCAUCUCGUACGCGUCCUUCUACUGCCAAAGAUGUGAGAGGUCUAUUGUGGGUCGAGGACAAGAAAGGAGGAGACUACGUUGUAUUGUGGCAUUUCGAAAGGAGCGAGUACGUAGCGUUUUGCAAGAAAGGGGAUGAUCAUUACCGCGAGAUUUCAACACGGGACGAUGUUCGCUUGGAGUUACGAGGCGUAAACCAUAUGUUACUUAAAGGUCACGAUCUUUACAUCUUUGCCACCCGUGAUUUCGUUCGACACUUGGAUUUGUCUCGACGGCACAAUGGUUUCAAGGAUGUAUCCCAGAACCAUAGGCUUCCAAUGUGGCCGCCACUUCCGAGUAGGGAUGAAAUUGAAAGAAUCAACAAAUAUAAGAUCAUCUCAUCUAACGAAAGCAUUGCUGUUACAAGGUCUGGUGAGGUAUUGCUUGUCUAUACUUACGAGCUAACCUCAAAGGAUAGGGUGUUCCACCUCUACAAGAGGGAUCCUAAAGAUCUUGACCCGACUACCUAUGACACCAGGCUUGUUGAGGUACAUUCUCUAGGUGAUGAGGCCCUCUUUUUGGAUUUGGGUAUCACCGUGCCUGCUGACCAUACCCUUGGUAUUGAGCCUAACUCCAUCUAUUUCACCCGCGGUAAUCGUAUCCGUCACCGCGUUUCUUCAUCCCUCGACAUCUGUGUGUUCAGUCUUACAACAAAGACCAUCAAACGCUUCCCCAGUCUCUCCAACUUAAACAUCAAGGAUGCUCAGUGGUUUCUUCCCUCUUGAUCCUUACGUUCCUCAUGGUUUCCUCCCUUAGCCUUGCUCUGUUUCUUUCUGCUGCAAACUCUGGUGUUGUUGGCACAUUUCCAGACUCUACUUUGUUAUCAUCUUUUGCUUUUGAUGUAUAAUCUAUGACAUA